GGAUGUUUCUGUAAAGCAGGAAGUAGAGGACCGCCAACAAUCCCAUCAUACAGUGCAAAGAUCAUAACGUUUGGAAGAAAGCCGGACGCAUGUGAAGAACUGAAAGUAGCAGGUCACACAUUCGGGAGAGGACGGAGGGAAACAGUGAAGUGUCACAGCACAGGGAUGGCUCCACGAAUUGACGAUGUCAUGCGUCUGUGCUGUGAAAUAGCGGCUCAUGAUCAGAUCAAGGUCGCGGUGAAAAACUCCACCAAAGGAGCGCUGGUGGCAGGGGGAACCGCCUUCGUAGGAGGGAUGCUCGGUGGACCUGCGGGGAUCGCUGUUGGGGGAGCAGUAGGCGGUCUCUUGGGCAGCUGGCUGACCAGCGGGCAGUUCAGGCCUCUGCCUCAGAUCCUGAUGGAGUUGCCACCUGCCCAGCAAAAGAAGCUCUAUAGUGACGUUGUGGCCGUCUUACGCAACCUGGACUGGAUGGACGCGGCCCAGCUCAUUUCCCUUGUGAUGGGUAACGCCACUCUCCAGCAGCAGGUCACUGCAGCGUUGCUCAGCUACAUCUCAAAGGAACUCAGAGCAGAGGUGCGCUAUCAAGACUGAGUUAUGGUUACACGUGGACUUUUCAGGAUGAUGGAUUUGCCAAACACUACCAGAGGCCUUUACAUAUUCAUAUUUUUGUACAGUCAUCAUAUAAACCUCAGUAGACAGUGAUUAGUACAAAUAAUAUUUUGUGGGACAGUGUGCCUGACUUCCCAGCAUAAAGAUAUUGUCCCUGGGGAGUCAUUGAUCCUAGAACCUCUUUAUUCUCACACUUUGUAUCAGGGUCUUUUUAAUAUAGCCUACCUCUGCUUUAGAAUUUCAAAUAAACUAGGAUUUGAAGCUA